GUUUGCUUCCGAGAAAUGCUGCCCAAGCAGGCAGCACACUUGGUAUUAGACACAGCCACAAGAAAGUGGCCUAAUGAUGUGCAGGUGUUAGUGUCUCACGGUUCACUGCUGAGCUCCUGUAAAACAGGGGCCUGCUUCUGCUUUUCACACACUUUCAUCAGAACCUGGGCCGUGUCCAAGGUGAAAUUAAAGCUAGUUUGUGUAAAAUCCGGCCACUGCUUAAAGAAGUUAAUAUUUAGUGGCGGUAAGAGGUGCUUUUUGAACCCAUCAUCAGCUGUGAAUUGUGUCGCUUGGCUGAUAUCAAGAAACAGCCUGCUGUGUAUAAUGGACGCUGAACAGAAUCAGGAAGUUCCAGAGACUGUUGCUGAGACACAGGAAGUGGCGAUGAAACAAGAGGAGAAUUUGGAGUCCAAAGAGGUGGCACCUUCAGAACCUGAGAAGACCCCAGAGACGGAGCGUCCUGCUGGGGAAUUGCCAGAAAACGAGAAAGCGACAGACUCUGAAGCGCCUCCUGCCAAACCGUCUGAACCCGAGGUGGCGCCGGAAAAAUCUCCUGAGGAAACCCCGGCUGCCGAGUCUUCUGAGAAACCCCCUGAGCCAGAACAGCAGAAGAAGUCUGAGGAGCCACAGGUUCAAGGGAAUUCUGAGCCCGAGAAGCAGGAGGAAGAAGCUGUGAAAGAGGAGGAGCCUGCCAAAGAGGCAGAGUCCAAACCCACUGCUGUGAAUGAAGCCAAGCCCGAAGAAUCUGAUAAAGAUAAGGAGACAAAGACAGAAGGAGGACAGGAUAAGGUACAACCAGACGCUGAUGGAGUUCAAGCUGAGCCUCCGAAAGAGGCCGAGACCAAGCGGAAAGAGCCAGAGCUGCCUUUGUUCUUUGGCUGGUUCCUGCUUCCAGAGGAAGAGGAACGAAUUAAGUGUGCAACCAUGGACUUUCUCAAGACGCUGGACACUUUGGAGGCAUUCAAAGAACACAUCAGUGAAUUUACUGGUGAGGCGGAGAAAGAAGUGGAUCUUGAGCAGUAUUUCCAGAGCCCAUUGCAGCUCCACUGCACUACAAAGUUCUGUGAUUAUGGGAAAGCAGAGGGGGCUAAAGAGUAUGCAGAGCUACAGGCGGUCAAGGAAUCCCUUGCCAAAUCUUAUGAGCUUUCAGUCACUGCUCUCAUAGUGACCCCUCGUACGUUUGGGGCCCGUGUGUCUUUGACAGAAGCCCAGGUGAAGCUGUGGCCCGAGGAAGCAGACAAAGAAGGGGUCGCUCCGGCCCUCCUGCCCAUUGUAGAGGCUCUUCCAGUGGGUAGCCGUGCCCACGUCACAUUAGGCUGCUCGGCAGGUGUGGAGGCAGUUCAGACCGGUUUGGAUUUGCUGGAGAUCCUGGCUUUGCAGAAAGAGGGCAAGGAGGGCACCCAGGUCGAGAUGGACUUGGGUACUUUGACCUAUCUGAGCGAGGGCCGCUGGUUCCUCGCCCUGAGGGAACCGAUUAACGCAGAUACCACCUUCACUAGCUUCUCCGAAGACAAGCCCACCACCGGCGACCAGGGCAAAAAGGAUGGAGAGAAGAAAAAGAAAAAGUGUACCAUUCUGUGAGUGCAAAGCAAGGAGGAGAAGGGGGGGGAGGGGAGGAGAGGAGAAGACAUUUUUCCUAAGGGCUCCGGCCCUCGGUUGGCUGAGGAUGAUGUUGUGUUUUUGCAUGUGUGUAGGUGGAUUGCGUGUAUGUUUCGCAGCUUUAGUGUGUGCACAGGGAUGGCUUGGGAUGAUUUAGCAGGUAGUGUGAGACCAGACGUUCCAAAGUGGCCUGCUGGCUCCCGGCUUUCUCUUAGCUGGUGCCUUUUUUCCUUUUGCCUGGCAACACAAGCUCAGAGGCCUUAGUAUCUGCCUUAAGGUCAUGGAUCACUUUGCUGGAAAGUUCACUCUGCGUUAGGUGCUAGUUCACUUGGCUGUUUGGCCGCCACACCAUCCCUGUUCCCUUUACACAGGUACAUCCACGACCGGUCUUCCUUACACGUGACACUCAUCUAGAACACUUAGAUUUAGCACAACUUUACUGGUUUGAUUAACUGAUUUCUACUCCGUUCCAGCCGAGUUCUUGUUAAUUAGUCUAGAUACCUGGUUUCACAAUCAGUAUCUUUAGAAGAUUUGCAUUCUCAAUAUACAUUUAGAUCUUCGAGUUCAUCAAAAAGAGCACCUUGAUGCUUCAACACAGGAAGUUUUGGCAUAGAGUAUAAAUUUGUUAGUUUAGUAUGUGAUUCUUCGCUGUCCCUCUCUUUCUUCAGCCUUUGUGGAGCUGAUAAUUUCCAAGAAUUCAUGCUGCACCUUUAUAAUCUCACCGAUAGUGAUCUUUUGUGUGUGUGCAUGCCUCUUGCCAAAAAGAGAAGAAAAAAAAAACUUGACAUGGUUAAUCCCUCUCUCGCAAUCACGUAAAAUUCACCAAGGUUUUUCUUUUUAUCAAAUAAGAUUACAUGCUCUCUGUGACAUGUUUUUAGGCUAAAGUGUGUAUGUGUAUGAAAUAGUGUUCUCUCCUAAACUUAUCGUUUACACAGUGUUGGUCACACCAUCGGAGACCCCUCUUGAAUUUACAGCCCGUCACGUCGGAUGAGACAUGCCUGUACUUCUCUUCAUUAUAUCUGUACGAUCAGCUCUUUCAUAAACCAGUAUAUUCACAUGUGAUAGUAAAUUUACUCUCUCUCUCUGUCUCUCUCAUUAUCAAUUUUGAAAAAAAAAGAAGUGCACUCUAAAUACUGUGACAAGCAUCUAUGUGGUGCCUUCCUCUUCUGUAGGUUUCUAGAUGGCCGAAGCUAUGCUUCUUAUAGGUCUCUGACAUCAAGGCACUAAUUUUUUUGCACUUACCUUGUUUUUCAUUUGUUUUUGUACACUUAAUAAAGAAUGUGCUUGGCUCUGACAA